AUGCCUGGCGUUCCAUCGGGGAAGGCUUGCGAAGCAUGCCGCAAACAGAAGAAGAAGUGCGACGAGAAGCAGCCAACCUGCGGACGAUGCCUGCGCCUGAAGAUCCCUUGCGUGGGGUCGGGCCAACAACGCUUCAAAUUUCAAGAAGAAAAACAAUUCACCAAGCAGAUCCGGCGAGAAUUUAAGAAUGGGACUUUGUCCACACCCGGUACAUCCAAGACCUCAUCAUCGAAUGGCACACCCUCGCCUCCUGGGCAACUCCUCUUCAUCCAGGCCAGACCGAGCAGUAGCACCACGCGCUUAGCGCACGCCUUCACCCAAGCCAUCCAGCGCUCCACCGAUAUCCGGUACAACCUAGGAAGUACUUUUGGCUUGUUCCUCGAAGAGGUUCCCCGUCGACUAGGCACGAAUGACGCGCUAGACCGUGCCGUCGAUGCGAUAACGAGCGCCCAUACGGACUUCUGUACCCGAAAGCACGGAUCUGUGCAGGCGUUGACUAAGUACUCGGCUGCACUCCGGACUUUGCGGGUCUAUCUAAAUGAUCCGAUCCACGCGCAGGAAACGAAUACGCUAGCCGCAGUAAUGAUACUGCUUAUUUGUCAGUCGAUCAUGGGGCAGACUACCAAGGGGCAGUGGUGGUCUGGGCAUGCAGAGGGCGCCAUGCAGAUUCUCAAGGCUCGGAAGGAGUUUGGACCACAGAAUGAAUUCGAAGCUAAGAUGUACAUGUCCCUGCGAGGGAGCGUGCUAUUUGAAGGGCUCUUCAAUCAUCGAAUCCAACUCAGCGAAAAAGAAUGGGAUUCUCUCAUCGUGAAUGACUACGACAAAGCCAAUCCCGAAGGUCGACUUCUACAGACUCUCUCUCGAGCCCCGGGUAUAAUGCGUCGUGCCCGAAUCUUCCUGCGAACGGGAUCCGAUCCAACCGGUGUCCAAGAUGAACUAUGGGCACUGUACCAAGCCUGCAAGCUGGACGUUGACAAGCUCAAACAGUCCAGCGUCAACAAAGAUCUUUCUCUCGCGCAAGCUCUCCCCCAUGGAUUCCACCGGACCUGGCUCGAACGAGUACUGACCGUCCACUACGAUCGCAUAUACGGCAUCGGCCUGGUAAUAACGCUGUUCUUCAACUGCAUGGUCCAAGCCCUAGAAAUACACAGCGACGCCGUCCAAGCAGACGCGCACCACUUCACCGAGGAAAUCCUGGUGCUCGCAGAGACAUCGGAAAAUCUUCGACCCGUCGGGUCUGGUUAUCUGAUUAUCUGUCUGAUUACCGCGUGGGCCGCGACGAGAGAUCCCGAGCUGCGGGGGAGAGUUUUCGAGUGGUUGUGUGAAUAUCAGAGUGAUUUUAGUAGUCGGCAAGUAAGCCAAUUCCAGCAGGAGCUUCAGUGGACGGCGGAGCAUUUGUGUUUGGGCGAUCCGUUGGGGUUAAGGCAAGAACUGGAUUAUAUGGACUAUUUGCUUGAUUAA